AAUACAAAAAUAAAAAAACAAAACGCCACACAUAUUUCAGCGUUCACGUGUGUGUGUUUGAGGCAGCGACCAAGUAAAUUUGUGGCACAAAAACAAAUCGUUUAAUUGGCUCAAACAAAACGUAACCACUAUGUACUAAAGCCACCGACGUCGCCGCCGAUUAUAUAACACCAGGCCAAAACCAACCAACGCGCGGCCCAAACAAUGCCGUUGACAGCAGAUUCGCUGCCGCAGUCGACGUCGACAUCACAGUCGCUGUCGCAGUCGUCGCCGUGGCCCAAACCCAAACCAGUUUGCUACACUUACCCGUUUUUUUUUUUCUGUUUUCUUAAGAGCAAAACUGACGCAAGGGUACCAACGGAGCAGCAAAAGCAGCAACUCCACCUCCACCUUCACCACCGCCGCACCACUUGCACCACUAUUGGACAAUCCCCAUCCAGUCCGACAACGGGUUUAGCAUGUUAUUCACUUUGGCGUCUUGGCUUUGGUUUAUUAUCUAGCCACAGCCGAUUGGCCACACACAAAUUAUGAACAGAAAUCUCGGCUCGCUUGGCACAUUCGCACACAGGCCCUGCCAGAAGUCGGUCCAGUUCCAGUCGCAGUCGCAAUCGCAAUCGCAAUCGCAAUCGUAAUAGUCUCAGUGUAGAAAUGAAAGUCAACGCUUUAUUGAUCAGCAUUGCAGUUGUGUUGGCAGCAGUUGCCGUUGGCCAGGUCAGCGCCAAGUUUCAGAUACGCACGCACGAGGAUGCGGUGCAGGCGCAUGAGGAAUGCCAGGAGAAGUUUAAUGUGCCCGAAGACAUUUACGAGAAGUACCAGAAUUAUGAGUUCCCAGAGCAUCGUCGCACCGCCUGCUAUGUGAAGUGCUUCGUGGAGAAGAUGGGCCUCUUCAAUGAGAAAAGUGGCUUCAAUGAGAAGGCAAUUAUAGCGCAGUUCACGUCGAACAACUUCAAGGAUCUGGAGCCAGUGCGUCACGGCCUUGAGAAGUGUAUUGAUCACAACGAAGCAGAGUCCGAUGUCUGCACCUGGGCCAAUCGCGUCUUCUCCUGCUGGCUGCCCAUCAAUCGCCAUGUCGUGCGCAAGAUUUAUGCUUUUGCCGAUCUCACGGGCGAUGCGCAGAUUUUGGACAAAUGCCUGAAAAGCAUCAGCAGCCCGGAGCGCAUCGAAAGUGAUCUGCGCAAGCUGGCGAACUAUACAAGCUGGACCAGCGAGGAGGUGCCCUGCCUGAUGCGCUGCCUGGCCAGCGAGAAGGGCUGGUUUGACAGUGAUACCAACAGAUGGAACAAGCAGCGCGUGGCCCAGGAGCUGGGCGCCGAUAUCUACAACUAUUGCGACUACGAGCUGCUGCGCAAGUCGCGUGACGCCUGCAGCUUUGCGCAUCGUGGCUUGCGCUGCCUGAAGCAAGCUGAGCUGUACGCGGGCAACAGCAUCUCGACAGUGAUGCAGUGCAGCGUCCAGUUGAAUGCCACCAUUGGGCAGAUGGUGCAGUACAGCGAACUGAAGCCCAAGGAGUCCAUACCGUGCCUGUUCCAGUGUUUCGCCGAUGCAAUGAGCUUUUACGACGAGGCGGGCAACUGGCGUCUGCUCAACUGGCAGCAGGCCUUCGGCCCGACCCAUGUAGAGCACCAGCCGGACUACAGUCCGUGCCGCACCACCGAUGAGCAGCGUCGCUUGGCGAGUAGCAAAUGCGCCUGGAUGUACGAUGAAUUUCUGUGCUGGGAGCGAGUCAAUGGAAAUCAUAAUGGAACGAAUCUGGUUUAAGCACACUUUCGAUUCCGAACUAAACUUGUUUCAGACCUUGCACCUCGAGUGCUAAUUGAAUUUCAUAAACAUUUGCGUUAUCUUUGUCAGUUGCGUAUUAUAUUUAGCCCGUAAGCUGAGAUUAUUGAGA